AGAGCCCUCUACAGAGAUGUCAUGCAGGAGAACUAUGAGAAUGUGACCUCGCUGGGGUUUCCAGUUUCCAAACCUGAUAUCUCCCGGCUGGAAAGAUGGGAAGAACUGUUCUCCCCAGAUCUCCAGGGCUUAGAGAAAAGAGAGCUCCCGAGAGGCAUCUACACAGGUGAUGGGAUGGUGAGUGAGACCUCGGAGCAGAAGCCUCAGCAGGAAGAUGAUGAGCAAAUCAAACCAUAUGGGACGUUAUUGCAAAAAUGCAAAGGGAGUGUGACCAGGAGUUGUGAGCAGGGAAAAGCCUGUGAGAGUCAGCACAGGCCAGAGAAGUGGCAGGGAAACCAGCCAACACAGAAAGUUGGUAAAUCUGUUAAUUGUCGGGGAACUCACAAAGGCCUCAAGGAAACCACGACCCAGCAGAGAAUCCCUAUGGGAGAGAGAAAUAACACAUGUGUUGAGUGUGGAAAAAAGUUCAGUAGGCCUGCACUGCUUCUUAGCCAUCAGAGAAUCCACACAGGGGAGAAACCCUAUGGAUGCUGUGAGUGUGGGAAAACCUUCACUGAGCGCUCAACCCUUAUUAAACAUCAGAGGAUCCACACAGGGGAGAAACCCUACGAAUGCUGUGAGUGUGGGCAAACCUUCACUGAGCGCUCAACACUUAUUCAACAUCAGAGGAUCCACACAGGGGAGAAACCCUAUGAAUGCUGUAAGUGUGGGAAGACCUUUGCUCGGAGCUCACACCUUAUUAGGCAUCACAGAAUCCACACACAGGAGAAACCCUACGAAUGCUGUGAGUGCGGGAAAACAUUCACUGAGUGCUCAUCCCUUAUUCAGCAUCAGAGGAUCCACACAGGGGAGAAACCCUAUAAAUGCUGUGAGUGUGGGAAAACCUUUGCGCAGAGCUCACAUCUUAAUAGGCAUCAGAGAAUCCACACAGGGGAGAAACCCUACGAAUGCUGUGAGUGCGGGAAAACCUUCACUCGGAGCUCACACCUUAUCAGACACCACAGAAUCCACACAGGGGAGAAACCCUAUGAAUGCUGUGAGUGCGGGAAAACCUUCACUCAAGACUCAUCCCUGAUUAAACAUCAGAGAAUCCACACAGGGGAGAAACCCUAUGAAUGCUGGGAGUGCAGGAAAACAUUCGUUCGGUGCUCACACCUAAUAAACAUCAGAGGAUCCACGCCAGGGAGGAACUCUAUUAAUGUUUCGAAUGUGGGGAAUUCUUCCAUCAGAGCUCAGCCCUUAUUACUCCCGAGGGCAUUCUGUGCCAAAAAUUAAAAAUUAUACGCACAAUAUUUUAAAAUUCUGCAGAAAUAAAUAAAUAAAUAAAUGCAGAGGCUACAGCCUGGCAGUGGGGAGCACAGGCCACUGGCUUUAUGCAGGUGGGAGAUCACCUUGCAGCCUCCCCACCCUCCACCCCUGGAACACGGAAUCAGUGGUGAGGCUGCACCCAACCCUGACACAGCACAAGGCCUGCCCCAGAAACACUCUGGGGCCCUGCCCAUCUGUGCCAGGAGCAUCCGGUGUGGGGCAGGCAGGCUCAACCAGGCAGGAACCAAGUGUGAAGGGGCUCAGUGUGGAGGAAUCCAGGUGUGGGGUGAGAGGAUUGUGCGUGGGACAAUCUGGGUGCAGGCAGCUCAGUGUAGGGUGUAGAUGUGGAGGGGAUCUGGAUGCACAGUGACUUGUUGGGAUUCCAUGUGCAGGGGUAAUGGGACUCUGCAAGUGCUUCCAGAUGAAAGUGGUUGGGGCUCAGCGGAGGGGUCUGGGUGUGAGGGUC